AUGGAAACCAUGUUGAGGGCACUUUGUUGCAUUGCGUUUCUUGUGCUACUAACAUGGAUCCCAAGUGGAAGUGCCCAAGAUAGCACUUGCCUAAGCAAGCUUUCACCUUGCCUAAAGUACCUUAAUGGCACUGAAGAGCCCCCUAAUAGUUGCUGUGAGCCACUUAAAUCAGUGAUUGAAUCAGAUGCAAAAUGCCUGUGUAGCUUGGUAAGCAACAAAGGCACAAGGCAAGCUGAACAAGCUGGAAUCAAUAUCAAUGAGGCUCAGAAUUUGCCUGCUCGAUGUGGCCAACAUGUCAAUCCAUUGUCCUGCCUCGCAAGUUCCCCUGGUUCGAUGGAGUCAGAGCAAAAUUCAGCAACCAAGUUGAUGGAUGUGUCUCAGGGCGUUAUAAUUAUUUUAGCUUUGUCAAUUAUUGGACAUUUAUAA